UCGUAGGGCUUAUCCCGCCUGUCCCGCCAUUCUCGCUAGUUCGAUCGGUAGCGGGAGCGGAGAGCGGACCCCAGAGAGCCCUGAGCAGCCCCACCGCCGCCGCCGGCCUAGUUACCAUCACACCCCGGGAGGAGCCGCAGCUGCCGCAGCCGGCCCCAGUCACCAUCACCGCAACCAUGAGCAGCGAGGCCGAGACCCAGCAGCCGCCCGCCGCCCCCCCCGCCGCCCCCGCCCUCAGCGCCGCCGACACCAAGCCCGGCACUACGGGCAGCGGCGCAGGGAGCGGUGGCCCGGGCGGCCUCACAUCGGCGGCGCCUGCCGGCGGGGACAAGAAGGUCAUCGCAACGAAGGUUUUGGGAACAGUAAAAUGGUUCAAUGUAAGGAACGGAUAUGGUUUCAUCAACAGGAAUGACACCAAGGAAGAUGUAUUUGUACACCAGACUGCCAUAAAGAAGAAUAACCCCAGGAAGUACCUUCGCAGUGUAGGAGAUGGAGAGACUGUGGAGUUUGAUGUUGUUGAAGGAGAAAAGGGUGCGGAGGCAGCAAAUGUUACAGGUCCUGGUGGUGUUCCAGUUCAAGGCAGUAAAUAUGCAGCAGACCGUAACCAUUAUAGACGCUAUCCACGUCGUAGGGGUCCUCCACGCAAUUACCAGCAAAAUUACCAGAAUAGUGAGAGUGGGGAAAAGAACGAGGGAUCGGAGAGUGCUCCCGAAGGCCAGGCCCAACAACGCCGGCCCUACCGCAGGCGAAGGUUCCCACCUUACUACAUGCGGAGACCCUAUGGGCGUCGACCACAGUAUUCCAACCCUCCUGUGCAGGGAGAAGUGAUGGAGGGUGCUGACAACCAGGGUGCAGGAGAACAAGGUAGACCAGUGAGGCAGAAUAUGUAUCGGGGAUAUAGACCACGAUUCCGCAGGGGCCCUCCUCGCCAAAGACAGCCUAGAGAGGACGGCAAUGAAGAAGAUAAAGAAAAUCAAGCAGAUGAGACCCAGGGUCAGCAGCCACCUCAACGUCGGUACCGCCGCAACUUCAAUUACCGACGCAGACGCCCAGAAAACCCUAAACCACAAGAUGGCAAAGAGACAAAAGCAGCCGAUCCACCAGCUGAGAAUUCGUCCGCUCCCGAGGCUGAGCAGGGCGGGGCUGAGUAAAUGCCGGCUUACCAUCUCUACCAUCAUCCGGUUUAGUCAUCCAACAAGAAGAAAUAUGAAAUUCCAGCAAUAAGAAAUGAACAAAAGAUUGGAGCUGAAGACCUUAAGUGCUUGCUUUUUGCCCGUUGACCAGAUAAAUAGAACUAUCUGCAUUAUCUAUGCAGCAUGGGGUUUUUAUUAUUUUUACCUAAAGACGUCUCUUUUUGGUAAUAACAAACGUGUUUUUUAAAAAAGCCUGGUUUUUCUCAAUACGCCUUUAAAGGUUUUUAAAUUGUUUCAUAUCUGGUCAAGUUGAGAUUUUUAAGAACUUCAUUUUUAAUUUGUAAUAAAAGUUUACAACUUGAUUUUUUCAAAAAAGUCAACAAACUGCAAGCACCUGUUAAUAAAGGUCUUAAAUAAUUGUCUUUGUGUAAA